AUAGCUCCAGGGCCCAUUAUAACUCGUCUUUUUGCGAGAAGCGGCCCACACCAUAAAUCCGAAAUUCCUAAUCCGCUCUAUCACCACGAGAUUCUUCUAGAACAGAAAAGGAAACCAUCCGAACGGCCCAGAUGGACGCACCACCACGACCGCCGUCUCCCCUCGUCCUCCUCUCCUUCCUUCUCCUCCUCUCUCCGGCCAACGCAACGGCGGCGGCCUUCUCCUUCCCAUCAUCAUCAUCCUACUCUCCCUACAAAACCGCAUCCUCCCUUUCCCACUCCCUCCUCACCCGCGUCUCCAACCUCCGCGCCGCCCGCGGCGACGUCGCCGGCGCGCACCGCGCCAAUCUAAUCGCCGAGAAGCUGGACCGCGGGCUCGAUUUGGGGAUCUGGGGAUUCGCCUGGUCAAUCGGUUGGGACUACUCCAGGAACUACGCGUGGCGGAAUUUGAAGUACAGGGAGCUGCUCGGCGCCGUUUCGGAUCUGAACAGCCUGAUUUCGGUCCUGACGGGGCUGACCUCGGCCAGAUCCAACGCCGAGAGAGCGGCUUGGGCGGCGCAAAAUUACGGCAAUCUGGCGAAGACGGCGAGAUCGACGUUGCGUAGGAUGUUGUAAAAAAAAAAAAACGUUUCUUCCCCCAAUUAUUCGUUUGAUUGAUGAAUUUGGUUUUGCCGAACCGUAUGCCCACCCCUACAGGGAGCGGUGAAGGAAGCGCUGGAGGCAGUGCAGAAGGAGGUGGUGGAAGGUGGGCUGCUGAGGGACUGCAUUGAAGUUGGAAGCAGCGAUUGGCGAGGGUUGAUGGAAAUUCUCAAGGAUUGGACUUCACGGCUGAAUUUUUCUCCGGGUUAUGCCGGCGACGGGGAACUUUGAUCCGAACAUCACCGGCGUAACCUUUAUCGCAGAAUUUGUAAAUAAAUUUUAUUAUAUCAACUUACGAUUCCGGUGGUUGUGAGCCUUGCGAAGCGAGUAUGAUCUCACUAUGAGCACUAUAGCUGAAUGAAGAUGGAUUGAUAUG